CGAGGAUGCCGGCGUUGCGGUUUGGUUAAUGUCAAGGUGUCGUUGGUUUCUCGAACAAUGUCUGUGGGCUCACCCGAUCGCAGGUUACUUGAUAAUCAAAUGCAACAUGAGAUUCCUGCUCCCUACAUAAUGUUUUCGGAUCACACUCUUCCUGUGACUGAUAUCCACUGUGGCAUUGGUCUGUACUCACAAAGCCGUAUUAUUACAUCCUCGAUAGAUAACACAUGCAAGCUUUGGGAUAUAUCCUCACGAUCUCUCCUUACGACUUUCCUCUUCCCUCAUCCAAUUACAAGAGUUAUCAUGGACUCAACGGAGCGUGUCAUUUUUGCGGCCUCACCAAAUGGUGAUAUCCAUCAAAUCAACCUGUUUCGAAAACACACAGAUGAGCUCGGUCACCACAAGAUUGAUUCUCUCGGUACAUCUGAGCGGGUUGAGCUUGAUGAACUUGAAAAGCGAAGACUGAUUUCUGUGGG